AUGGGAGGUGUAAUUAGUGGUGACUCGCCAAGGCACAGCUCACCGGCAUCGAAGUUAGAGAAGAAGAUGGUUGAAGCCAUGCAGCAGAGAGCAUUAAAAGGAACCUCUGUGAAAUCAUUCAAUAGUGUCAUCAUGAAAUUUCCUAAAAUCGACGAGAGUUUGAGAAACUGCAGGACCAUCUUUCAGCAGUUUGAUGAAGAUUCCAAUGGUGAAAUAGAUCAACUGGAACUAAAGCAUUGUUUCCAAAAUUUGGGUAUUGAAUCAACUGAUGAGGAGAUAAAAGAUCUGUUUCAGGCAUGUGACAUUUAUGAACACAUGGGCAUGAAGUUCAAUGAGUUUAUUGUCUUCCUGUGCCUUGUUUAUCUUCUAAAUGAUCCUGCAGUGUCUGAAGCAAGAAAAAGAAUGGGAUUAGGUAGCCUUGAACCAACAUUUGAGACAUUGGUCGAGUCAUUUGUCUUCCUGGACAAGAACAAAGAUGGAUAUGUCAGUAAGAGCGAGAUGAUACAAGCAAUAAAUGAGACAAUUGGAGGAGAGCGCUCUUCUGGGCGCAUAGGCAUGAAAAGAUUUGAGGAAAUGGAUUGGGACAAGAACGGAACAGUGACCUUCAAGGAAUUCCUUUUCGCUUUUACUCGCUGGGUGGGGAUCGAUAAUGAAGACGACGAGGACGACGACGAUGAAGAAGAAUGA